GGAGGCAUUUGGAUUGGCUGGCAUUCUGUUCCCACCAGGAUCGUGGAAGCCAAGACACGAAGAAGUAUAAAUAGCCUCCGUUAGGCUGCUCAGGCUUUCGCUUUGGACCGGAGUCGGCCGUAGCUGAUCUCUCCAAGCAGACCAUGGUUAGCCGCAGAGUAGAGCAUCCCGCCGGAGGGUACAAGAAGAUCUUUGAGACCUGCGAGGAGCUGGCCGAGCCCAUCGCGGCCCAGGUGACAGGCAGGAUUCCCCCAUGGCUGAGGGGCAGCCUCCUCCGGCUGGGGCCCGGUUUGUUUGAGGUGGGCUCCGAGGCCUUCUACCACCUCUUUGAUGGACUGGCCAUCAUGCACAAGUUCGACUUCAAAGACGGCAAAGUCACCUACUUCCGCAGGUUUCUAAAGACCGACGCGUAUGUGAGGGCCAUGACAGAGAAACGCAUCGUCAUCACCGAAUUCGGCACCUUCGCCUACCCCGACCCCUGCAAAAACAUCUUCUCUAGGUUUUUCUCCUACUUUAAAGGCGUAGAAGUGACGGACAACUGCCUGGUGAACGUGUACCCCAUUGGCGAGGACUUCUACGCCUGCACAGAAACCAACUAUAUCACUAAAGUCAACCCUGAGACCCUGGCAACUCUGAAAAAGGUGGACAUGUGCAAGUAUGUGUCGAUCAACGGGAUAACAGCCCACCCUCAUAUUGACACAGAUGGGACCGUGUAUAACAUUGGAAAUUGCAUGGGGAAAGGUGCUUCACUGGCCUACAAUAUUAUAAGCAUUCCUCCUGCUCAGAAAGACAAAUCAGACCCCAUCGAGAAGUCCAGAGUGGUGGUCCAGUUUCCCAGCAGUGAGCGAUUCAAACCAUCCUAUGUUCACAGUUUUGGCAUGACGCCGAACCACUUUGUCUUUGUGGAGACGCCUGUGAAGAUCAACAUGCUGAAGUUCUUGAGUGCCUGGAGCAUAAGGGGCACUAACUACAUGGACUGCUUUGAGAGCAAUGAGACCAUGGGGACGUGGAUCCAUCUGGCCUCUAGAAAUCCUGCCAAAUAUUUAGACAUCAAAUUCAGAACAUCUGCGAUUAACCUCUUCCAUCACAUUAAUUGCUAUGAAGACCAGGGUUUUGUCGUGAUUGACCUCUGUGCCUGGAAAGGAUUUGAGUUUGUCUACAACUACUUGUACCUGGCCAACAUGCGGCAAAACUGGGAGGAGGUGAAACAGGCGGCUAUGUUGGCCCCUCAGCCGGAAGUCCGGCGAUACGUCGUUCCGCUAGACGUAUGCAGGGAGGAGCAAGGUAAGAACCUCAUUUCCCUUCCUUACACGACAGCCACCGCUGUGAUGCGCAAUGAUGGAACCAUUUGGCUGGAACCUGAAGUUCUGUUCUCCGCUCCACGCCAAGCUUUUGAGUUUCCCCAAAUCAACUAUAAAAGGUUUUGUGGAAAGAACUACACAUACGUUUAUGGGCUUGGACUAAACCAUUUCAUUCCUGAUAGGAUCUGCAAGUUGAACGUGAAGACCAAGGAGAUGUGGGUUUGGCAGGAGCCAGACUCUUAUCCUUCAGAGCCCCUGUUUGUGCAGACCCCAAACAGUGUAGAGGAAGACGACGGGGUCUUGCUGACCAUCGUGGUGAGUCCAGGAGCUCAGAGACCGGCCUACCUCCUAAUACUGAACGCCAAGGACCUGACGGAGAUUGCCCGGGCAGAAGUGGAGAUAAUAAUUCCAGUGACCUUCCAUGGAACAUACAAGCCUUAGAAUUGUCCAAAGAAAGCCAUACCAAUGUCAUUUGUUAAUUGUCAUAGACCUUGUUUCCAUGCAACUAUACAGUAGCCAUACCAAUGAUGUCAUCAGAUUAAUUUAACUUUCCCACCAAUAACACUGGAUACCAGUUAUAAUGCAAUUCUUUUUAAUUAUUCAAGCAUAUGAUAUUCGUUUUUAGAUAUGCCUGGGAUAUGUGGAAUGAUACUACAGAAAUAUAUAACAUUAUAUAAAGCUACUUUAUAUUCUCUUAUAUUCUACAUAUUUUACAUGUUUUUAUUGUCCACAAUCAGUCGUACAGGACUGAGCUUAUUAAAACGUUUCACAUGUUAA